GUCACUUACCCCCCUCAUUCUAGUCAGCUAAACCCCGGGAGUUUGUUACUGGUGGUCGAGUUUCUGAUUGCAGCCCUGAAACAGCACAGAACGUACUGACCCGGGGACCACUCCCCAGAAAGAGUUGCUGACGCGUCUCCUGUGUCGGCUGGGGAUAGGGAACUCAGUCAGUGUUGCCUUACACGGUGGAACAUCGCGAAGCUGUUGUCGUUGAAGGCGAUGGCAGGAGCUAUGUACACCCUGCUGUCUCUGUGCCUCAGCCUGGGGCAGCCGCCGCUAGCUAGCGCCUACUUUUCCGAGGAACGCCAGCCCGGCGAGUCCCCACUGCAGAGCCCCACCGUGCUGAUCACCAUCAUCGCCCGGAACACGGCUCACACCCUGCCUUACUACCUGGGGGCUAUCGAGAGGCUGGACUACCCCAAGGACAGAAUCUCCAUUUGGGCAGCAACGGAUCACAAUAUAGACAACACGACGGCCAUCCUGCUUGAGUGGCUGACCAGCGUGCGGAGGUUUUACCAUUACAUAGAGUGGCGCCCAAUGGAUGAACCAGUAUCUUAUCCUAAUGAACUGGGCCCCAAACACUGGACCCACAGCAGAUUUGAAUAUAUUAUGAAGCUGAAGCAAGCUGCCCUCAAAUCAGCAAGGAAACAGUGGGCUGAUUACAUCUUGUAUGUGGACACGGAUAACAUUCUUACAAAUGACCAGACACUGAAACAGUUGAUAGCAGAGAAUAAAACUGUCGUAGCUCCACUGCUGGUGUCUCAGACAGCGUACUCCAAUUUCUGGUGUGGGAUCACUCCUCAGUACCUGAGGCCCAGGAAAACAAAAUUACCCUUCUGUUCAUUUCUUCUGUCCUUUGCCACCAGCCUGCCCCUGCUCCCGCUUUGCUCGUUGCUAUCACCAUACCCCACGGUGAUUGCUCCCGUCUCCAAUACUCUGUAUCCCAAUGAAUUGAUCUUUACCAUGGAACCUGCUUGCAGCAUCCACUCAGAAGUUCAGAUGUAUGUGUGCAACAAGGAGAGAUACGGUUUCACCAACGUUCCCGGCAAACCUGAAAGCACUCUGGAGGAUGACAGCCUGAACUUCGUGCAUCUUAUGUUGGAUGCCAUGAUUGAUGGACCUCCAAUGUAUCCAUCAGGAUUCACCCAUCUCCCACCUAAGUAUCCAGAUAAAAUGAUAUUUGAUGAGGUUUUUCUCAUAAACCUCAAACGACGGCCAGACAGACGGAAGAGGAUGCUUCAGGCAUUGUAUGAGCAGGAGAUUGAUUGCAAAAUAAUGGAUGCUGUGGAUGGGAGUGCUCUUAACAGCAGCACUAUAAAAUCAAUGGGAAUCAACAUGUUACCAGAAUAUUAUGACCCAUUCUCUGGCAGAACUCUAACCAAGGGAGAAGUUGGAUGUUUUCUUAGCCACUAUUCCAUCUGGAAAGAGGUUGUGGAUCGAAACCUGAGCAAGGCUGUGGUGUUUGAAGAUGAUGUGAGGUUUGAGGCUUACUUCAAGAGGAAGCUGGUGAGACUGCUGAGAGAAGUAGAGGAUGUUGGAUUGAAUUGGGACCUUAUCUACCUUGGUCGGAAACGAGUGAAUCCCAAACAAGAGGAGGCUUCAGCUAAUGUUCAGAAUCUGGUGGUCGCUGGGUAUUCCUACUGGACUCUGGCUUAUGCCAUUUCACAGCAGGGAGCCAAAAAAUUGAUCGACUCUGAUCCGUUGAAAAAGAUACUUCCUGUGGACGAGUUCCUGCCCAUCAUGUACGACAAGCACACAAAUGAGGAAUAUAAGAAAGUUUACCCCAAACGAGACCUGAAGGCGUUUUCUGUCCAUCCGUUGUUGGUGUUUCCCACUCACUAUACUGGAGACCCUGCCUGGCACAGUGACACCGAAACCUCCACCAUCUGGGACGAUGACUCCGUGAAAACGGAUUGGAGCGGCUCACAAAAGACACUAAAGGACUCGCAAGGCGGGACCUCGCGCCAGUCCAUUAGCUCUUCCUCCAGGGAUGAACUCUAAUCCUGACAACAGUUUUCAGAAAGUUGACUUUCUGCAGAAGACGACGAUUUGGAUGGACAGACCUGUCAAAGCUUGAAUGAAGAUUGCUCAGCUGCAAUGUUGCAAACUUUAACCGAAGCUCAUCUUUCAGACAAAGGCCACACAGCUGAAGAGAUGAAACUGUACGACAAGAAAAGUUGUUCAGGCCCUUUCAGCACUUGACAUACAUGUGUGAAACAUGGAAUUGUUGCCCAGCACUAAAGACAGGUGCAUCCUAGCAGCGUAAUCUUGAACCCAACUCACCAACAAUAUGAAGAAAGAUGUGUGUCUAGCAAGCCAAAUUUUCAGGACCACCUCCCCCACUAAUCCACCUCCUUGACCCACCAAUGUCGUAGUUUAGGAUAGAGAAUGACUCUGAAUGAGCCUUUCUUCAGGAUCGCCAUCCGGUCUUUCUUCUGACCCCAAAGCCCAGCUGCCCUGAGAGGUUAUUUCUGCCAGGCAGCACUGAUGAGGUGGCUGUUCACUGCUGAGGUGGAGGAGUUGAGACUGGGUGCUGAGAGAAAGGGAGAAACUAAAAUUUGAGGACAUCAUCAUAGAUGGCAUAGCCUUGUAUUGCACUGUAUAAUGCUAUGGAAAUGAAACCUCACGGGCAACACAAGGGGAAAAGAUGCUGAAAGAUAUUGGUGACCAUUCCUCUUGAAUAAAUGUGUCCUCGCACUCCGUGAACCUCAA